GAAGAGGAAAAAGGUAAAACUAAUCAGAAAACAUCGAAAAAAUUACAAUUUAACUACAGAACAACUACAUAAGUUUACAAAAUCGUAUUCCUAAUAUCACAGGUAAGUAACUAAAGCUAUGGAAAAACUAAAACUACGGACAAAAUAUCUACGAUACAACAGGAGUGACAUCUACAACAAAAACAUUGAUGCAGACAAGGAGGACAAACAACAACGGAGCACCGGCCGGCAUAACAAACGCAAUGCGAACAUUGCGCUGUAUACCGGCCGGCUCUGUUGUCCCCCUGUACCUUGUUGUUGGCUGGCUAGAUUUUUGGUGUUGGCGUGCAGCGUGGGCAAAAAAGUUGGAGAUGGCGAGCGGCUCUGGUUCGGCCGCCCAAGCUACAUCUGUCAGGUGGAGAUGGCGCAUCCAAUCAAGUGGCACUGGUCCGGCCACCCGAAGAUGCAUUGUCCGGUGUGUUGGCAUUGGCAUCGAAAAGUGAUGCCAACGGUCCGUGAAAUUUUAGAAUAGUUUUUCUAAAUAUGAAUUACCGAAAACUUUGGGUGGCUGCAAAUUAAUGUAUUUUACGACGAAAAAAUAAUAAGUGCGUGCGUUCGUUUUCAAUA